AUGAGCAAUCUUUACAUCGACUCUACAUCUGGCACCAAGAGGAAAGCCAACUUGGAACUGCUUGCUGAUUACCUCAACUACAGCCCUGUUGGCCACCAUUUCCUACGCUCCACGAGGGCAACAGAGCUCGGAUGGAGCUUUUUCCUCUUCAACUUCUAUGAUUAUCCAGCAAUAACUAUGACUGGUGGCUGGAAUCUAGAUCUUCAUCCAGGCAUGACAGCAAGGACAUUCUAUCGCUGGAUGGAUAUCAUCAUAGCCCGUGACUAUGAGCAUACCUUUGAGCUUCGACCUAUCAAAAUCCAGUUAUUUGACAUUGCAUCUUAUGGCUAUGAUUAUGAGGCAGGAGACCCUAUCCCCCGAGACUCGGAUAUCAUCCUUCAAUCUGGUGUUUACGGGCCGUUUUUUCCAUUCAAUAAGAAAGAGUCUGACAAGCCAGAGCCAUAUAAGGGAUUUAUUGGCACUGAGUGCCCUGGAAUGUUAUCUUUUACUCAGUCUUUCAAUACAUUGGACAUCCAUGUGAAUCCAGAGACAUGUGCUAGCAAGGAGAAUGAAACAAUGAUGACUGUGCACAUCAAGGAUGAAGUUAGAAAUCGUGAUAAGGGGAAAUGUUUCUUUACUGGGAGAACUGAUUUACCAACAAAACUGAUCUGGAUUAUCCCACCACGCCUGGCCUUGACCCUAUUUGAGGGUGAUAGACUGGCAGCAUAUGAGCAGAGUGACUAUGAGGUGGCAGACAAUGUGAUCACAAUCGAUGAAACCCUUGUUGAGCCAUUCAAUUGCAAUGCAUUCAGCAUUGACUUUCAGAAUAAUAACCACAUUACUAUCUUUGGAGAACUUCCAGAUGAUUUGCAUGCCAAGAUAUCUACUCUUACACCAGUGGCCAUCCCAGCACACACCGAGAAGUUUUGGCAUGAGAAUUUUGAAUGGACCUUGCAGGCAAAUUUCUUAGGAGGUGAUAUUGGAUUCGAGCAUUCCAUCCCUACCAGGAACAAUCUCAGAAAGAGACUUGUGCAAGAGGAUGGGUUCAAGCUUCCAGAAUGGAAUAUUCAAGGCACAUUGGAGCAUGAGGUCCUUGAAGUUUAUUAUCUUCACAAGAGCAUGUGGCAAAGCAAGGCACCACCAAAUGAUAAAUAA